AAUUUGCCAUCAUGUCGAUGUCAAAGUCUUCUUACUCGCAAUACAACCGGAAAAAUUGGGAAGAUUCAGAUUUUCCAAUUCUCUGUGAGACAUGUCUCGGAAAUAAUCCAUAUAUGAGAAUGAUGAAGGACAAAUAUGGCAGAGAAUGCAAAAUCUGUGAGCGCCCAUUCACCACCUUCAGAUGGCAACCAGGAAAGGGAGCUCGUUACAAGAACACUGAACUUUGUCAAACAUGUGCUAAAGUGAAGAAUGUGUGCCAGACAUGCAUGUUCGAUUUGGAAUAUGGAUUGCCUGUCCAAGUGCGUGAUCACGAACUUCAAAUUGCUGAUAAUAUCCCGAAACAAGGAGCAAAUCGCGAUUUCUUUUUGCAAAAUGUGGAGAGAACUCUUGGACAAGGUGACGGAACUCAGCCGAUUGCACAAAUCGCAAAUAACAUGGAUCAGGCGGCACACGAUCGUCUUCGUAGAAUGGGUCGUACUCAACCAUACUACAAACGAAAUGCACCACACAUUUGCUCAUUCUUUGUCAAAGGAGAAUGUAAAAGAGGAGAAGAAUGCCCAUAUCGCCACGAGAAGCCAACCGAUCCAGAUGAUCCAUUGUCCCGUCAAAACAUUCGUGAUCGUUAUUACGGAACGAAUGAUCCAGUCGCUGAGAAGAUUCUCAAUCGUGCAGCUGCUGCUCCGACUCUUUCUCCACCUGCAGACACUACUAUCACUACAUUGUACAUUGGAAAUCUGGGUCCGUCUGGAGCUCAGCAAGUUACCGAAAAAGAUUUGAAUGAUUUCUUUUAUCAAUAUGGAGAUAUUCGUUGUCUUCGUGUGCUAACAGAGAAAGGAUGUGCAUUUAUUGAGUUUACAACUCGUGAAGCUGCCGAACGUGCAGCUGAAAGAUCAUUCAACAAGACUUUUAUCAAAGGAAAAAGAUUGACGAUUAGAUGGGGAGAACCACAGGCCAAGAGAGCAGCAGAUAACUCAAAUUAUGUUACUCCAGUACCAUCAGUACCGAUUUUGCCAGUGCCAGAUGGUCUCGCCCCUUCAACAUCAUCACAACAAAGAUUCACAGGAUCAAUGCCACGUCCACCAGCGCCACCAACUUUCGCUGCGCCAAGAAGUCUUGUUGUACCAAAUGUACGGCCAGUGAAGGCUGGAGAAUCAAGCGGUGCGUCAUCAUCAUCAUCGAUUUAUUAUCCGAGUCAAGAUCCAACCCGUCUUGGCGCCAAGGGUGACGUUAUUGAGUAAAUUUUCAAUUAGUUUAUCACUUUCCUUUUCAUUCUGUCCUCGUUCUGUAAUUUUUCUUUCCAUUUUUAUUGUGUUUUGUUCAAACUUUAAAAAGAAUCUUCCGUUCUUUUCUGAAAAAACUCCCUAAUUAUUCUUCUUCGGUCUCAUGUUCGUUCUUACAAUAAACAUUUUUCGAACUUUCU